CCCCAAACCCCCCUUUGGAAUUGUGCUGCUGUCAAUCGCCAGGCUCAUCGGAGUUCAUCGUGAUUCGCAAGCUCUGGAUGGGGUGGUCGUGGGAUCGCAGUAGGGAGGGGUGUCGUCGUUUGAACCACUAGCAGUUGAGUUUGGAGCACGAUUUGGACCUGUAUGAUGGGUAAUCUCAAGUCCAAGGAAAAAGGCAACCCUCAGGUGAAGAAGAUAGUGGAUCGGGUAUGGGAACGUUUUGCAAGCACGAGUGAGCACCGAGCGCUUGGAGUCCAAGACUUGUACUGUGCCAUCCUGCUUGUCUACAACGAUAUCAACAAGACUCUUCCAGGUCCUUUCAAUGAUCCCCCCACGAAGGAAGAGGUUCAGGAGCUUCUGAAGACCUAUGAUAAGAAUAACGAUGGAAUGCUGGACCGAAACGAGUUCAAUGCCUUCAUUGAGACAUUUACAAAGAAUGUGUCGGCUCGGGUCAGCACCAACAUCUUGCUCUUCUCAUUCGUCAUUCCUACCAUAGUUACAUUAGCCAGGCCCGGAGCGGAGCAGCUCCCCCUCCUAGGUCCUGCUGUGAAGCGAGCCCCCACGCCUGUCUAUUCCGCCAUCAUGACCAUGUUGAUCGUCUUCGCAGGCAGUCAGUUCAGGAAAAUGUGAUUACCGUUUGUGUGUUCAUUGUGAACUCGAACUCUUAUACUGCUUUACAUAUAACAGAAUUAAUAUAAAUUGGUACGGACCAGCUCCUUUGAUUUU